UUGUGGCAUUGGUGUCGGUGUCAUGCAGUGACGUGACGCACUCAAAGCAAGACAAGGGCCGCAGAUAACACCAACAGAAGUCACUGUUGCUGUACAACGUCAACACGAACGACGGCGAACACUUUGACGCGCUCUCUAUUUCCAUUCUUUCACUUACUUUAUUACGCGGACGUGCGGGUGUUUGCGGUUGUUUUUUUUUUGUUCGACUCGCUUUUCCUUUGUCUUUUGACCAUGUUCAGGUUGAUUUGUGGCUAAAGCUGCUUUGUGCUGGCAGCGAAUGUGGCACGCUCGUGACAAGCGAACAAAAUAACAAUGGCGAAAAUGGCGAGUGAUUAAAAAUUACUCAUAUGCCUUUGGGAAAGAAGUGAACUAAAGACUUUUUUGUGUGAAAUAGAAAAAAAAUAGAAGUAAGCAAAGGGGCAGAAGUGAAUAACCUUAAGAAAAAUAUUAUUGAAAGCACACGUCUGCUUAGUGCGCGCACAAAAGUAGGCAGUGAAAAUGGCAGGCAGCGACAUUGAUUAGCGUUAAUUCCCAGUGCUUUCAGUGUUUGGCUCAAGCUUUGUUGUGCCACCACAAUAAUGUGUGUCUAAGUGUUUGUGUUAAUAUGUAAAGCAAUUUGCUAAAAGUGCUAUGAAAAUGGCAAAAAGUUAACAAACAACGCCUGAAAACUUCUUUUCCCUAAACAUAUGCAAUACUUGAUGCAUACUUUGCGGCGCUUAACAACAUUGAACCACCACGAAAUCCUUGACCUGAACCAAUGCCGACGCAGUAACUGAAACAACAAAACCAAAGCAUAUCGACGGCAACGAGACAAGUUCAUGUAACACCAGCAACAACAACAAGAACAGAAACAUUAGCACAACUGUUAUAACAAUAACAAAGGCGGAAGUAGCAACUACAAAUUACACUAACAAAAACUAAUAAGUGCACUAAUGUCUAAAGCAAAGUUCGCCAUCAAAAUAUAUAGAUUUCCUGCUAAAGACAUCCGGCAGCUGGGAAAACUGCACACAUUCCCAUGCAAAUGGAUGCCUGUUGGCAGCGGCUCCGUGUUUGCUGCUCUGUACGUCGCAAAGUUAAGGCACACAGCGCUUACAUAAAAGAUAAUAACGGCAAAUUAAGUGCAACACAGCCAACGAACGCAGCCAUAAACCGUACAACAACACCAGCAACAACAGCAAUAACAACUGCACUAAGUUUAGCGCUUAAGCCAGCAACAAAAGCGCACAGCAGCCACAACAGCGCGUCAGCUGUGUGUCGCCCGACAAGCUCAGCGUAUGCGUGUGGAGGACCACAGCGCCCAACGGAGGUGAAAUCUGUGCAACGCCAGUGCAAGUGCAGCACACAAGCACAGCUGGCACUGGUGGCUGUAAACGUUUGCGCUUGCAAUUACAGCCGCGGAGCAGGAACUAGCGCCCGCGCGCACCUGACAGCCAUACGCUUCACUUUGAUCCAGCUUUACCACGUGUUUGUUGCUGUUGGUGUAGCCUUAACGGUAUUGCUACAACGUUGCUGUGUUGGCAAGGCGAAAGUUAGUCCCAAGCCCGCACAAACGCAUUUACCGUUAGCCAAUUCAUUGCGGCUGGUUGCUGGAAAAUCCCAUUGGCCGCAAACGCUCCACACGCCGACAACAAUGGGCUCAUGUUUCGGGCGCUGCGUGUCGAAGGAUGCUAAUGGCGGCGGUGUGGCCUCCACCGCAACAUCCUGUUUGUGGCGUCGGCGGCAACAUGCAACAGAUGAACAAGAAGCGGAACUCGUGUCGAAUGCGAGCGACAAAUGCCCGAGAGAGAAUUUUAUAUAUCGCAUUAUUAAAUUCAAAACGAAGCAAAAGCGGCCACAGUUUAUUGACAAGUUCUGGGAGCAACAGGAUAUGCAAUACACGAAAUUACCCAAUAGAAAUGGAACCGAAGGGCUCUCCGACAUUCAGCUUCAGAACCUCGACGUACACAAUUUACUCAGCAACGCCAUUCUCGCCAAGGAGUCAGCGCUCAAUUACUGCCUGACCGAAGCUCAAUACGCCGCGGCCAGCUCGCGCGCCAGUUCCUCGCUCGAUCUGGAAUGGGAGCAUGAGUACGCACACAUGCGACAACUCUAUCAGCCGCCACCGCACACGCAUCGCAGCACGCAAUCCCUACUGCAAGCCAGCACACUCAACAGCAACAACAACCUCGCGCAAUAUACCAACGGCAACAACACACCGUUACAUCACCUACACACGCUCAACAAUAACCACCACACGCUGGAUCUGAGCAAACGUAGCCACACUUACGACAAUCACCCGCUGCACGUGCACCUCAACAACUCAUGGCAAUACCUAAGCAACGACGAUGAGCAGCUCAACUCAUUAGCUUCAUACUCACAAUCGCUGUCGCUACCGCACGCGCCACUAAACGCCGCAGCAAUGGCGCUGGCGACGGCCAAAGCAGUUGAGCGCGGUGAGCAGCGCAUGCGCACGCGUCGGGUGGCGCCACCGCCGAUCAACGAACGACGUAACAGUUCCUUUACGCGCACAUCUUCGUCGCACAACUCAUGGUCGCACAUCUCGACGCCGGAGUCGCUCGAGUGGGAUCAGGAUGAGGAGCAGCAGCGGCAGCUGCGUGUGGAGGACGACAAUUUGGAUGACGAGACGCUCGAGCUGCUGCAUCAGAUUGAGCAGUUGAAGAACCGCGUGUUAGACGAAACCGGCGAUGGACUCUACGAUCGCGGUCUGGUAGCUGCGGCGGAGAGCGAAGCGAGCGAGGGCGUACAAUUUAUGAUCGGUGAACAGUACAGUGCAGAGGAUGGACGCAAAGAUAUCAGUUGAUCAGCUGCACGCGGCUUGCGGUUCAUAAGAGGAAUUUGAGGUGGAGUUAGGUUGGCAGAAUAUAUCAAUUAUUGAUUGGAAUGUACUGUAUAAUCAAGUGCCUAGACUAAAGUAUCAUUAUAUAUUAAAAAUAAUAUUUAAUUACAGUUACUGUUAAUGUUAGUCUAAAAGCUAUUACACACGGCCAUGGCAAUCAAGUUUUGUUAGUGAGGGCCUACGUUUCGGCUUGAUUGUGCUGAAGUGUUUAAAAUAUAGGGUAUGCCUGAAACAGCUGUCCGCAGUGCUAGGUUCACAACUGUCAGAAUCCAGCCGUAAUAUUUUCCUCAAAUAUGGGAUAGAUCGAUUUUAUCAUACCACAUAUUUAUGUUCUACUUCCCAUCUCAUCCAGUCUUUAGACUUUUACUAACUAAAUGAGCAGUUUAUAAUGAAUAGAACUUAAUAUACAUUAUAAGCCUCUCGUUGGGUUCAUUUACGAUCUUACAACUUAUAAACAAGCCUGCUGUUAUGAACCCAUAACUCUCGAUUUCUUUUUUUUUUUUUGUUCCCCCAAGUGACUUUAGAAUGCACAUAUCGGUUGAUAAUUGCAAACCUAUUGCAAAAAUGGUUGAAUUCUAAAAGCAAAUUGCCAUGACCGUUGUGGCUCAUAUGAGUGUUAUCGAAAAUAAAUUAAGUACGAACGUUAUGGAAUCCAAAGUCGAGGUAUAAAUGUGUACGCAGUUAAUAUAUUUAAUAAAUGUUUGUAGUUGUAACGUAACAUAGUGUUGCGAAGACUUCCAAGGCAAAUAAUAAUGUUGAAAUUUAGAAAGCAUAAGAUAAGCGGUUACUUUUUUAGAGUCGAAGCAUAGUAUGUAGCUUGCACCAUUUAAAUAAUGUUAUUGGUUUUUAUUGAUCUUGUAUAUAUGUAUGUAUACCGGUUUUCGUGAAAUCAAAUACUACAUAAUUUUGAAUAGGAGAUAAAAAAUCAUUAUCAUUAUCAUUUAACACAUUUUGGCCACUUUUUGUUCGUAUUUUGAAGCAAAUCAAUCAGACAUUCAAUGUUCGACUUCUGCGUCUAGUGAAUACGGUGGGUAGAGUAGCAGCUCCCAGCCAAGUAACGGAUUUUCAAUACGCUACAAAAACGGUUUUGGAUACCAAUGAAAUUCUUUAUUUCUCUGAAAGUACAUUCGAUGCCAUUAUGUACGGAACUCGAUUUCUUUUGCAUUAGCCUCCACGGGCACGCUUGUCCAGACGCUGAAUCCAGUUUUCGACGCUUUUCAAGCAUAAAUCGGCCGAUACCGCUGCAAUUUCAUGUUCGAUAUUCGUACGAAAUUCAUCAAUUGUCGCUGGCUUGUUGGCAUAGACCAUAGACUUGACGUAGCCCCACAGGAAAUAGUCUAACGGCGUCACAUCGCACGACCGAGGUGGCCAAUUGACUGGACCAUUUGGUGAGAAAACAUGUUCCCCAAACUUGGUUUUCAAUAAAUCGUUUGUGAAAUUCACUGUCUCGCUUGCGGUGCAGUCCUGUUAGAACCACAUGAAAUUUUUGUGGCAUAACAGCGGCUUCAAGCCAGUUUUCCAUUUAUGGAAUUUUCACUCGCCGAACAUGAACCUUUAUCCUUAUACAUUUUACGAAUUCCUGAAAAGAGCUUCACCAGCUUAAAUCGAAAGUUCUUUCGAUUGUUUUUCAACCUUUCACGCGACAUUCUAGAACUGUCGUUAAGUCAUAAAACCCAUUUCAGUAUACUAUACAUAGCCGCAAUUUUUCAUGGUUCUACAAAGCCUUUGGGUUUCGAAACGAUGAAUGAGUGUUAUUGGCAACACUCUCCUUUGACAAGCCCACUGAACUUUGAUAUUCAGCUUUUGGAGGAUCUUAACCUCUACCUCUACUUUCUUUUGUUUUCAAACAAGAUGUAGCCUAUUUUGUUAUAAAAAAACAGUUUUUAGACUGACAAUUAUAAAUUUAAAGACAUCAGUAAGAGUUUCUUAUGUAUGGAUCUCUCUAAAAUUAACUAUUAUUUUUAUCCACGACCGGAGUUUAGGAUCAUGAGCACGAGAAAACAAACAUGUAAAGAUACAUUUUAAACAAGAAGUACACCGCAGACCCUAAAAUACUAGACCAUAUCCCAUUUUAUAGAUUUGUAAAGUACCGUUAAACACUAAUAGUUAACAAAAAACGAAACUACUACAUAUGUAAUAAAACAAAACAAAACAAAACAAACGCGUGAAAGACUAAGCAAAGCAGCUACGACAAGAAAAUAGUUUAAAGAUUUGAGCGACCACUAUGGAGUAAGCAAAAGAAAUGGUGUAUUAUAUACCGUUAUUAUUUUAUUUAAAUUAAUUACAAAACGAAGCAGUCGUUUAACGUUCGCGCAUGAGUACACAUUUAGAAAACUUAGCAACUAAUAUUAAAAAUACAAACAAAAGCAAAUAAUAUAUGACACGUUGUUUAUAAAAAUACAAAAUAAAGCAUAAAAACGAAA